AUGAAUGGUAGGUAGACAAGACUUGAUGGAUGCAAUUUUCCUACAAGAUACAAGAUUUUGUUUUUCAAUAUAGAAAAUGUGAAUUAUUUUAGUGUUUCUUAUUUAUUAAUCUAAAAUAUGGAUGAACACGAGUUCUUUAGGGAGACAGUACAACAUCUGGCCCGUUGUUUGAGCAGUAUAAACCCCACACCAUGGGAAAAGGUGAAUACACUCUUCAUGUUGUGCCCACAAGCCAGUUCCACUCUUGUCGUAACAACUCGCAGUCAGGAUGCCUGCAUUGCUCUUGGUCUGUACUUCCUACAUAGUGGACUCCAGCAUCAGGAUAAGCUGCUCCCAUAUUUCCUGAAGGUCCUCAAGUGCCUGACCACAGCGCAGUUUGAGGAACCUUUAUGUAGGGUGAAAAAUGCUGACCGAAUACCAAUGGCAGAGAAGUUCAGCUUUUGUCUGAACACUCUUCUGUCUGACAUCGCCACCAAACAGCCGUCCAUCAGGGAAGAGAUCAUAAAGGCCCAAAUAGAAUUAAUGGCUAAUCUCACAAAGACUAUAGUCAGUUGCCAUGAAAACAAGGACUAUUCCAAGACCGUAUCAAAGUUGCAACUUUGCAAGAGCACCAUACCACUUUUGAUAGGCCUUGCCAGGUCUAUGGGGAGAUAUGCUACAAUAGAUCCUCCUUUACUUUGCCGCUUAUUCCCUCAGCCACCAAGUCCGGUAAAAUCUAAAGAACCCGAACCUAACUUUGAGUAUUCCACUCUUGAUAAAAAGAGGAAGUUUAACCAAUUUAGACCAAUAAUUCCUAGAUCUCUCUCGGGCAAUUUGAAUCCUAACAAUGAGAGUAUACUGGAAAAUGGUUUGGACACGACAGACAGUACUGGUGGUACUCUCAAAAGAGGUUCCUUACAUAGCUACCAGUCUGUACCUUAUGAUCCAACAACAUACUUCUUUCACAAGUUUGGAUCUAGCUUCAACCAGUUUCCGUACAUGAGGUUUUCGGAGUCACCGGAAAAGAGGAUCAAUGUCCAGUUUUACGUGACAUAUCUACAAUCUAUAUUGUCAUUGGCCAAAGAGCUUUUAACCAAAGAUUUAUUGGCGUUCUUGGAUGAAGAAGCAGAGGAUAUAUAUGCGUCUGGGCAAAUACAGGUGUUCCCGUAUAAAACUUUCUCAGAGACACUAAAUUUGGUAAUGGUGACACUUUUACGAGAAUUACUGCAACAUCAGAAGAACCUGCCUGGACCAUUCACGAAAGAUGUUCAGGAAUUCGUAAAAUGCCUGUUCCUUAGCGGGCAAACAGAGCUACAGUCCCGCCACCAUGACGCUUCUGAGCGAGAAGACCGGGAGAGUAACUUCGCCACCGUUAACAAGUUCAAAGUUAAUGUCAUGGCGAAUUCGGCGUGUGUGGACCUCCUUGUGUGGGCCAUUGGUGAUGAAACAGGUGCAGAUUCCUUAUGUGGACGUUUGACAGAAAAGAUAAAUUCCAAUCAUAAUCACAAGUUGAUAUUGGCUCAUAUGCCCCUACUGAUGGUCUGUCUUGAAGGGCUUGGCAAACUCGCAACGAAAUUCCCCACGAUAGCGAACACUUCGAUAUAUUGCCUGCGGGACUUUCUGGUGACGCCGUCGCCUAUACUCUUCAAGCUGCACAAGUUGGAGCUGGAGAAGACUGGGAAGGAACAUAUGAAAGUCACUCUGCAAGGCAAAGAACUUCAAGGCUUAACCGAGACUGGAGUGCCAGUAAAAUCAACUCCCUUCGAGAAACUUCGAGACGCUGCCAUAGAGAAUCUAUGCGUCGCGUUAGAGGCGGCACUCACCGUCGACCCGUUCUGCGUCCCGGCUUUGGUCGGCUCUGUCAGCAAUAGACUGUUUACAGCUGAGACUAGCGACAGUGAAUCAUCACUUAUCAGCACUAACAUUGUUAUAAUGUUGGGCCACGUCGCUGUCGCGUUGAAAGACACUCCAAAAACUACGGAUACUAUUCUACAAUUCUUCCAGCAAAGGUUAUGCCGUUCUCCUUCGUCCCUAGACACACUGAUAGUGGACCAGUUGGGCUGCAUGGCACUAGCGAGUCCCUCGGGCCCAGCACACGACGAGAUCAUGAGGAUGUUCACCGUCAUCACGGUAGAGGCCGCCAGUGCAGCCUAUCAUCAUACCGACGAUCGCAAGCAGUAUAGGCACGUGUCCGGCGCGGUGCUGAACGCGCUCGCGAACAUAGCGGCCAACGCGCGCGGCGCGCACGCCCGCCUGGAGCUGCUGACGCGGCUGCUGGAGCUGUUCGUGCAGCUGGGGCUGGGCGGCGAGCGCGCCACCGACCGCUCGCCCGCGCCCGUGCUCAAGGCGUCCGGCAGCGCGGGCAACCUGGGCGUGCUCAUACCCGUCAUCGCGGUACUAGUCAAAAGAUUACCACCAAUAAAAAACCCGAAACCGAGGUUACACAAACUUUUCAAGGACUUCUGGUUAUACUGCGUCGUGAUGGGAUUCACUGCGGCAGACUCGGGUCUAUGGCCACAGGAAUGGUACGCAGGCGUGAAAGAGAUAGCUGUGAAAUCGCCUUACCUUGUCUCUCAAACUUCACUCCGUUCGGAAAUGCGCGAACUUCAAUACACAUCUGCGGUGAGAAAUGAUUCGGUUUCGCUGGCUGAACUACAAGAGUUGAAGACGCAGAUUUUGAAUUUGUUGGAACAUCCGCCCGAUAUUACGGUCAUCGUCAAUAAAUUGACGUUCGCACCGUGCAUGUACCUCCUUAGCGUUUAUUGGGUGGAGACAUUGAGGGUCUGUAAUUCAGAAGAGCCGAGUUUGCAGCCAAUCAUCGAGUACCUAAGCGACACUGCUCUUCAAAAGGAUAAAACCGGCAUGUGGCAGUGUGUUGCCAGUGUCGGUGACAAAGUAUUCCAGAAGUUUCUGGACGUGAUGUCGGAGAAGGUCAAGGAUGAGUCCAGGGAGCGAGAGCUGGAGGGUCACGCGCAGUUCCUGCUGGUGAACUUCAACCAUAUUCACAAGCAGAUACGAAGAGUGGCAGACAAGUGGUUGGCUGGCUUGGUGGAUAGGUUUCCUCAUCUACUGUGGAACUGUCGGGUACUAUGGUCCAUGUUAGAUAUCCUGCAAGUGCUAAGCUUCAGUUUAGAGUUGGACGCCAACCAAGAGACGCCACUUUUAAAAGUACCGGGCACAGAUUUUACGCUACAGUUGCAAGACACACUGGAAGGCAGGGAGGGUAUCGUGAAGGAUUUCGCCGACCGUUGCCACGGCAUAGUGCAAGAAGCUAUGAAGUGGGCACCUCAAUCUACGCGGUCGCAUUUACAGGAAUAUCUUAAUCAGGUUCCAAACCUAACACUCUGGCAUCAUUGUGGCUUGGCCUUAGCUACAGGUGCAUUACUAGGCGCGGCGGGUUUGAACCGGGUGUCCGCGCCGUUACCGCGUUCCGCACUCGACAAGCGGCCGCCCUGCGUCACACAGGACUCCGCCGCGUUGCUAGCUGUAGUUUCUCAGAGGAGUCGCUAUGCUGGAGAGAUCUCAGGUGCAGUUCACGCCGAAGGUGGCGGGGAGGCGGCCAUAUGGCGCGUGGGAGCGAGACUACACACCGCUUUGAAGGAAGCUUGUUCGAGUGGGAGCGAGACAGCGCAUCGAGCCGCUUUGUGGCGCGCUACAGCGCUUUUGGUGCACGCCAAACAUCACCCCGCACAGGCGCAUACGGCUUCUACUGCUAGAGGAUUGUUACAUUCUGUUGCGUGGUCCCAAGUGGAGAUCUUCACAGAAGACGCGAUCACGACCGCGGUGGAGUGCUGGCAGUGGCUGAGCACGGCGCGCCCCGACCUGGAGCUGCGGCUGCUGCAGGAGAUCUUCGCGGCGUGGCAGUGCUCCGCGGACCGCCGGAUGGGGCUGUUCUCUCGCCAGCCCGACGAGACCAGCCCUCUGGCGGCGUACGAAGGCACGAAGUUGGAGCCCCGACCACCUUCCGUGGCCGCUCACGCGGUGUGGGUUCGAUACCUGUGCGAGGUCGCCGAGACCGCCAAAUACAACAGCCUGGAGAAAGUCGAGAUGCUUGCCAGUUUGCUACACAGAUCUUUACCAAUCACAGUGGGCGAUGUUCGUGACAAUAUAAAUCGUCACGUCGAAGCCGUUGGCGUAAGAUUCAGGUUACUAUCCUGCGGCCUGUCCCUCCUCCAAGGCGACAUCCUGCCCCGGUCGCUGGCCCGGAACAUCCUCCGGGAGAGGGUGUACAGCGUCUGCCUGGACUACUUCUGCAGAGGUCUCCAAUGCCCGUCGAAAACCUCCGGCGCUUUGAGAGAGGAUAUCAUAUCGUUGAUCAAGUUCUGGCAGCUGAUGCAUUCGGACAAGAAGUAUUUGAAGAGCAGCGACAUUGGCGAAUUCGAGCUGAUGGGGCCGAGCAGCCAGCAAAGUAUAUACACUUCUACUUCGCCCACUGACAACCGCUCAUCAGUUAACAGCAGUGAUAUAGGAAGUCGGCAGACCACUGGUUGGAUCAAUACGGUGCCAAUGUCUACAACUACCCUCAGCAGUGGCGCUGGCAGUGUUGCUGGAAAGCGAUCUAAUAGAAGUGUCAAACCUCCCGCCAAAUCCCAGGACACCUUCGUGAAAGAUUACGUUAGGAAGAGGAACCUCAUUUUGGAGCUCAUGGCAGUAGAAAUAGAGUUCCUUGUGACGUGGCACAACCCGCACAGCAGGCCGGAGCAGGCGGUGCCGGGCGAGGACAACAUCGCCACGUGGCGCUCCAAGCCCAACACCGACAAGACGUGGCGGGACUACGCCAAGCUCGCCUGGGACAUUAGUCCCAUGCUGGCUAUAUUUCUGCCGGAGAGGUUGAAAAAUGAAGGCAUAGUAGCCGAGAUCAGGAGGAAGGUCCAAGCGCAACCGACGUCGGUGUGCCACAUCCCUCAAGCGCUCAAAUAUCUCGUCACCACUGAGACUUUGUUGAACGACGCUCAUGAAUUGGUACACAUGAUCACGUGGGCGCGAGUAUCGCCCGUAGAGGCGCUGUCGUACUUCAGCCGGCAGUACCCGCCGCACCCGCUGUCCGCGCAGGCGGCUGUACUCGCCCUCACCGAGUACCCAUCGUCCGCAGUGCUGCUGUACAUACCGCAGUUGGUACAGGCGUUAAGACACGACACGAUGGGAUAUGUAGCAGAACUGAUCAAGUCUUUAGCCAAAAAGUCGCAAGUGGUCGCACAUCAGCUGAUAUGGAAUAUGCACACCAACAUGUAUACCGACGAAGAGAUGCAUAACAAAGACACGGCUCUAUUCGACAUCCUGGAAGGCCUUACUAAAGCCAUAGUGGACGACCUGUCUGGCCCAGCGAAAGCUUUCUACGAAAGGGAAUUCGACUUCUUCAGCCAAAUCACGAAUAUAAGCGGCAUCAUCAGACCUUACCCUAAAGGUGCGGAGAGGAAACGGGCCUGUUUGGAGGCUUUGAAGAAUAUUAAGGUACAACCGGGUUGUUAUUUGCCAUCAAACCCUGACUCCAUGGUUGUAGACAUCGAUUAUAAGAGCGGCACGCCAAUGCAAAGUGCGGCAAAAGCGCCAUACUUGGCAAGGUUCCGCGUCAGGAGGUAUGGCAUAGCCGAGAUGGAGGCCGUAGCUAUGGCCAUCGCCGCAGGGGAAGAACCGCCGGCGGAGGAAGGCAAAGACCGCUACACGUCCAUCGCGGCUGAGUCGUGGCAGGCGGCCAUCUUCAAAGUGGGCGAUGACGUGAGACAGGACAUGCUGGCGCUGCAGGUCAUCUCGCUGUUCCAGAACAUCUUCCAGCAGGUCGGCCUCGACCUGUAUCUGUUCCCGUACAAGGUGGUCGCCACUGCACCAGGGUGCGGCGUGAUAGAGUGCGUGCCGAACGCAAAAUCACGUGAUCAACUCGGAAGGCAGACUGACAUCGGAAUGUACGAGUAUUUCAUCAAGAAAUACGGCGAUGAGACCACGCGGGAAUUCCAGGCGGCGCGGCGUUGCUUCGUGACAUCCAUGGCCGCGUAUAGCGUGAUAGGAUUCCUUCUUCAGAUCAAAGAUCGCCACAAUGGAAACAUCAUGUUGGACACAGACGGGCAUAUCAUACAUAUUGAUUUCGGAUUCAUGUUCGAAUCGUCUCCCGGCGGCAACCUGGGCUUCGAGCCGGACAUCAAGCUGACUGACGAGAUGGUGAUGGUGAUGGGCGGCAAGAUGGAGGCGCCGCCGUUCAGGUGGUUUUGCGAGCUGUGCGUGCAGGCCUUCCUCGCCGUCAGGCCAUACCAGGAAGCGAUAAUAUCCAUGGUGUCUUUGAUGCUGGACACCGGCCUCCCAUGCUUCCGCGGUCAGACCAUCAGACUUCUCCGUUCCCGAUUCGCUCCCAACUCCACAGAAAAGGAGGCAGCAGCGUACAUGCUUUCCGUCAUACGUAAUUCGUUCUUGAACUUCAGGACUAGGACUUACGACAUGAUUCAGUAUUAUCAGAAUCAAAUACCGUACUAGAUGAAAAUAUUAAAUAUUGCACUCGCAAUCUGAAAGCCAUACUCCAUUUUGAGAACUUCAGAGGAGGAGAUAUUACCUUGAAAUUUCGAUACUACUACUUCUUUUCGAUUGGUAUUUACAAAGAAGACUGCCGCCUCACGCCGCGUCAAUGAACAGGGCCUUAUCCUUGGGACCCUAAGAAGACAUACAGAAAAUCCAUAUUUUGUCUUCGCGAGAUUCACGACUUCUCAGCAUCUAGGUUUUUUUUUUGAAAAAAUGAGCGCAAUGCUUUUUAUUACGAACUAAAGCCCCGGUGCUUUUCUUAACCAAUAUAGGUACUUGGUUUAAAAAAUCUUACGUUAACAAUUGGGUUUGGUGAGACUUUAUAGGGUUAAGUAAAUUUUUUGGAGGCGUAUUGUAUUUUUGUGAUGGGAUAGUUAACAACCAGGUUAGAAAAAUAUAAUUAAAACAAGCACUUCAAUCGGAGAGUUGACUAAAAAAUUGUCCACAAGCAAUAUAUUAAGAUCCAGUUUUGAAAGGUAGACAUCUUAAAAAUGGUGGAUAAAAGGUCGGACGUUUUUGUUUGAUUUUGCUCUAAUCUGUGUAUAGAUUUUUAUAUAUCGAAGAAGAGAUAUAUAGCAUGUUAUAUUUCCUAUAUAGUAUGUGCAUCGCGCUAUAAACUAUCAAACUUUUCGUUAUUUUCGUCAGUUCGAAAUUUAAAACAGUAAAAUUAAAUUUUAUAUGAAAAAAAAAUUGUUUGAUACCACAGUAUUCUCAGCGAUGAUUCUCAUUAGAGCGCAUCAUGCACUCUAUGCGUGGCGUAUGAUUUUACUAUUUUCCCCAUGGAUGUUGUAAAAGGCGACUAAAGGAUAGACUUACAAACUUGGGAUUCCUUUUGUAGGCGAUCGGCUACCAACCUGUCACUUUUUGAAUCUCAAUUCCAUCAUAAAGCCAUACAACUGAACGUGGCUUGGCCGUGGCCUCAAACUACCCCGCAAGGGAUGAAGACGUGACUAUAUGUAUGUAAAAUGUGUGUUAUGGUUCAAAUGCGUAACCCGUCCGUGCCACAUUCACGAUCUGCUACUAUGAGAAUCACUCCUUAUGCCAUUAUGUAUUUCUAAAAUAGAUUCUAGAGUUUUGGUAGCCAACAAAUCCAUAAAGCCAUCGAUGUGAUUUCUUAUAGCCCA